AUGACUUGGUGGGCCAGCCUCGGAGUAAUUAAUGCCCGCGAUUUCGGCCCCGACAUUUGGUGAGUGGAGUGAUAAUUACUCGACCACUUGACCCACCGGAAGCAGCGUUCAGUCGCGUGCUUUCCGACUGAAUAAUUACUUCGUCUAUUCGAAAUUCGAACGUUGAUAUGAGCGAUGAAGAACGUUAUGUUUGCUGAUGGACUGAAAGUUGGAGAAACAUAACUCAAGCACCUGAUGAGGACAUCGGCCUCGACGAACUAAAAGGCUUGGUCGGUCCCGUCGACUGACUGACCUGAGAGCUGGCGUUAUUCCCCUUCACUGCCACCGCCUGCUCGACAUCUGAAAUAAUUUUGUUGUUUCUCGAACAGCAACCGUUCCCGAACCUAUAAACCGGACGCAAGAGUUCAGCGUAAGGCCCCGGGAAAACCAGUGAAUCCAACGGUUGCAAGACCACGUCACCUAUUAGUUUAGUAGUCGAUAAAUCCAAUGACGUGCCAUUCACCUGCUUCGAGCAGGUGUAAAGAAGGUUUGGGGUUAGAGGACCCCAGCCAUAUCCUGGGCGAUUCAUGGUGCUUGCUCUCUAGGAGUAAUUCGACGGUCUCUACUGCCAGAUUCUUGAGAGUAGCAGUAAACAGACUCGAGACAUAAAAAGCAUCAUGCUCUAGCUUGACAGGAGAUUUAUCCGCGGGGAAGGAGGCACUAUUGCUGAAACAAGUGGUUUGUUAGCCUGACGUUUCGGAUCCUCACUCAAAUCCAUCACCAGAGACAGAGUGAGAUAAGGGUAGUGCGUUGCCCGUGCAGCUUCGUCAACCAGCGCCUGCGUAAACGAGGCGAGAGACAAAAUCCGACCGACCCCAAAUUUUAUCGACCUGUCCCAUGCGUAAAAAAUGGCUCGGACGCCGUCAGCCGCCACCUUACGCUCCUUGGAAUUAGAGUUGCACACACACCGGAAGCAACCAUAAGGCGCAAGAUCAUGAGACCGGAAGACCCACUGCCACGGCAGGAAACAUCUGGAGUCGUUCACCGGGUCUGGUGUAGUUUUGGGAAAAGCAACUGUCGAGAAACCGGAAACCUACUUCGGACACAGUUGGCCAGGUACGUCGGCAGCAUUGGGGAGGAACGACGCCAGCUCCCAAGUCGCGGCGCAUUCGACGGGGCCCAACCACACAUUCAAGUUUGACGAAACAGAAAUUGAGGAAGUUCAAGUCGGCGAACGUAGGUUUUCGAUUAUUCUUCAUUAGGCCAGUACAUUUAUAUAGGUUUAGGUAGAGCAGCGUAAUUUGAGAAGUAAAACAACUUAUGACCAGCAGUCAUGACGUGGGGGUAAAUGUGUUCACAAUUGUGGGGCAGCGGGAUAAUUAUAGUCUUAUUUCUGUCAGUGGUACGGGAAGGGUGAAGGGGGGGAUGGGAAAGGAUAGGGUAGUCUAACUGAGUUGUUUCGUCGCUCUGGCGCGACGUGCCAUGGUGCAGGUCUGAAUUUUCAUGACACGCACAUACCCUGUCGUUAGAAUAAGACUAGUUUUCUCUAGCACCCCGCCUCUUCACCUUGAAGCCAAGGAUAAGCUGUCGUUUCAGACUUUCUCAACGGGCAUCUACGCAUUAACUUGCUCCUGUGGAGCAGGUUACGUUGGUUCCGUUAAUAUUCACUGUCAAGUAUUUCCGGUGUUCGCAAUUUAGUACUUGCGAAUCGUCUUCUAAAACGACCUGGCAAGAAUUCGAGCACGAACAACUCGGUUACUGCGCUACCUGGAGGCAGCCUACGUACGGGGAGAGAAACCUGACCUAUGUAAACAGUUGGACCACGUGGUCAACCUCAGCUUGCCCUGGUAGAUCUGAGUCCUUUUGAUUUACGAAGUCCCUCGGCGUGUUAACUUCCCCAUUUUCUUUCCUAUGUUGCGUUUUGAAGUUACCAUUUUAUUGAUUAGUCUACGUCCAGUAUACCAUGACCUUGCUGUUUUACAUUGACAUUCUCUGUGGAAAUUCAAGCCUCUGUAUCUUUCUGUAUCUUGUGUUAUGCAACGACAGGCUGCAGUUGAUAAGCCGUUGCGAAAUCUACUGGUACUAAUAAAUUCUGCUAUCUAUGCCUGCUUUAAAUUCAAUCUGGGGAAAUAUUGCUUCAGAAUUCUUUCUUGGACUAGAGUGUGCUGCUCUACAGCGCGAAGCUUUAUAGCCAAUACGGAAACAUUUGUAGUACUUUCUACUACCUUACAGGGUUGAACUAGUAACCUGAACAGUGCGGUUCGAACCUCAAAUCGCCCGCAGUAGCGGUUGGGUACUGCUGGCCGACGACAACUACUGAGCCAAGGGGUUGAUAGAAACGAGAAUGCGGGCUCAAGGAAGCAGUCGUGAAUGAGGCGACGCGAUCGUUGAAACGAUCGAAUUCAUAAUUGGAGGCAGGUGGGGUAGUGAGCGGCACUGCUGUUGCGGCAUUUAUAGGAUACAAUUGCCGUGCCACUGAAUGCCUAUUAAAAUUGGCAGGCGUUUUAUUCAUUGCAGAUAAUUCCACGUGUUGCGAUAUUUGUCUGACUGGUCAGGUGUUGCUGUAUGAGGUUGCUAGGUCUCUGCAUAUCUGUUAAAAGUAGCGGCUCCCACCUUCAUCGUAGGUGGCCGCACAAUUUCUGAAGAAACUGAAAGGGGCGAACCUCCUUCCAUGGUCAUGGUAUCUUUUGAUAUCAUGUCCCUCUUUACUUAUUUUCCCCAGGAGCUGGCGCUCGAGACCAUUAAGCUGCUUCUACAAAGCAAAUUCGACGAAACGGAGAAUCGCCCAAGUCCUUCAGCUCCUAAGGUUCUGUCUCAGCACGUACUUUACGUUUGACGAAACAAGCUACGAGCAGAUGAAAGGCAUGCCAAUGGGUUUGUCGAUUCCAGGGCUCGUAGCCGAGGCGGUCGUACAACGGUUGGAUUCGCUGGUUUUCCGACACCACAGACCGAAAUUCUUGGUUCGAUACGUGGAGGAUAUCUUUGUCGUCAUCGAUCGGGAUGAGGUGUUGGAAUCCAAAGAACACCUCAACGCCGUCCUUCCCGACAUACAAUUCAAGAUGGAGGAAGAGGAAAAGAACCAGCUGGCCUUUCUGUAUGCCCUCAUCUGUCGCAAAGAUUUUGGUGGCUUAUAA